AUGGAGAAGGUACUAGUUUUGAUUGUUGGUGCAGGUCCAUCGGGUCUUGCUGCAGCAACAUGCCUCAGUGAGCACGGCAUCCCGUAUUGCAUCGUCGAACGCGAGGAUUGCAGUGCUUCACUUUGGCGCAAACGCACAUAUGAUCGUCUUAAACUGCAUCUUGCCAAGGAGUUCUGUGAGCUCCCUCACAUGUCAUAUCCAAGUGAUACUCCUAAAUACAUCACCAAGGAACAGUUUGUGAGGUAUGUUGAUGAGUAUGUCGACCACUUCAACAUUUUCCCCAAGUAUAGCACUUCUGUUGAGUCUUGCGAGUAUGACGAAGUGAGCAUCUGUUGGGACGUCAUAGCACGUGACCUGGUAAAUGGCCAAGUGACUGAGUAUACAGCUAGGUUCUUAGUUGUAGCCACAGGCGAGAACAGUGAAGGAAUCAUUCCAACCAUCCCUGGGCUACAUGAUUUCCCUGGUGAUGUCAUACACUCGUCAUACUACAAGUCAUGGAACAACUACGCCGGAAAGGGAGUCCUAGUGGUUGGAUGUGGAAACUCAGGCAUGGAGAUUGCUUAUGAUCUUGCCUCCAAUGGAGUGGAGACCUCCUUGGUUAUCCGUAGCCCGGUGCAUGUUAUGACCAAGGAUCUGAUUAACUUGGGGAUGAGGCUGCUCAAAUGGCACCUUCCUGUCAAAUUUGUGGAUUUCAUUAUUUUGACUCUUGCAAACAUCCGAUUUGGUGACCUCUCCAAAUAUGGCAUAGUCAGGCCCGAUAUGGGGCCGCUUCUUCUCAAGGCAAAGACUGGCCGGUCAGCAGUCAUAGAUGUUGGCACAACUCAGUUAAUAAAGUCUGGUGUUAUCAAAAAAAUGGAUGGGUGUCAUGUUCUUACAAAAGUUUAUGUGAUUAACAAAAUGCAGAAUGGUGAGAGCUUGCUAAAUGCCAAUGGCAUGCCCAAGAGGGAGCUCCCCAAUCCUUGGAAAGGUGACAACGGCCUCUACUGUGUUGGGCUGGGAAUGGCAGGGUUGGCUGGUAUUUCUUGUGAUGCAAAGAGUGUUGCUGCAGACAUCAAGUCUGCUGUAGAUUCGAUGGGGCCAUUUUAA